UGAAGCUGACUGAGCAUUAGUUUGAUAGCCUUGCUAAAGGUCCAUAUAACAGUUUGUACUCACAGGGAGAACAAUGUUGGCAACUACGUACCUUUUUAUUUUAUUUUAAGUGAGUUAUAAAAUGCUGUAGUUUACAUUGAUUACAUUACAUUGUUUACAUACAAAUACUAUUAGUGAAGUGAGAGACACUGGCAAUAUACACUAUUGCCACUAGUUGUCGCUUUAGUUCAUCAAAUAUCUAGUAUAUAAUUCAUUUAUAUUCGCUAGCAUCAUAAGUCAUUUUGAUGUUGAGAUAAAACACAUUAUUGUGUUUUCUCCAUCCCAGAGGUCAAAGUUUUUGACAUAGUCAUCAUUUCCUUGGCCCUGUGUAUCCUCAUCAUCACCGCCAUCUACUGCAUGAGUGUGUGCUACAACCGCAGCAGGCAAUCAAAGAGAGCCCAAGUGUAUGAGACUGCAGUGACCCACGGGGAGCCAGUGGACCCUGUUGCGGUCAGGGCGGUGAAGCGGUCAACGAGUUUCAUCAACCCGCUGGCCUUCUUUCGGAGAGCAGAUGCAGCUAAAGACAACUCCAGAAUCUAUUACAUCUAUAGUAACCCGCUGCCCGUGGGAGCCAAGGAGGAUGAAGAAGACACAGCCAGGCAAAUUACACUUUCACCCCUUCCGUCCAUUGAGGAGUAUGUGCAAGACCCCAACAGUGGAGUCAUCCUGGACCCGCCAUAUUUUUACAUGCAGCUUUAGAUGUGGGACAUUACAUUCUUAUAAGUGUAAAAUGGAGUAAAACAGCUGUGAAAACAUUGGUGCAUUUUUGAAGCUCUGGAAAGGUUUUGCAGUGCUGCAAUGAUUUCAUCACAGUUAUGACAAGAUGAUGGAUUUAGAACCCAAGCCCAUAAACUUCAAGGAAGUUCAAAAUGUGUGGUUCUUACAAGCGAUACAUAUUGGGAACUGUAUAAUUGUGCAAUUUCAGAGGCGUUUCCGACAAGUCAAAGGUCACGAUGUGCUGUUAAGUUUCCGUUUUUGAUUCAGUGCUGGAAUAGUAUAGUGAUGUGCAUUCCAGUUCUUUUAGGUGAGCUGAAUCUUUAGAAUCAGUUCACUCAAAGGAUUCGUUCAAACGAAUCGUUCAACGAAUCGUCCCCGCCCACACACUCACAAUAAUCCGUUCUUUUUAACAUCCCGUGGAAACAACCCAUACACAUCAAUACAAUACACUUCCUAAAGUGAUUUGUUCUUUUUUCAGUUCAUAUGACUCCAACCAGUAGGUGUCGGUAAUGCCCAUUGAAGCUGGUGCCACCUCGCCGUAAAACAAAACGAAGAAGAAAAUGACGUAAUUUCCUGUUCCCAAACGAGUCUUGAUUUGCAUUUUCCGUUCAUCAAUUAAACGGAUCUGUGAGUGAACGAGUCAGUGAUUUGCAUUUCCAGUUCAUCACGAGAAUCGAUCAGUGAGAGAACGAAUCCUGACUUUCCCGUUCGCGACCGAGUCAAUGGGUGAACUGCCUUCCUUCCCGUGCUCAACGUCAGUGAACGUGUUGCGAACAAA